UUUGUGAGAGCAAAGUGAAUGAAGAAAGGCCAGAAAGUGAAGAAAGGAAGGGAAUUCAGUAAGGGAAGGAUAGGAAGUAAAGGAAGGUGGAAGAAGAAAGUGAAAAACUAAGGAAGGGAAGUGAAGGAAUAAUUAAGGAGAAAACUUUGACAUAAUGGAGGUAAGAAAAUGUAUUAUUUAAUUAGGCAGUCAAACAGUUUGGUAGAGAGACAGACAGAGAAGCUAAGGAACAGACAAGCAGAAGUACAGCAUGAGCCCCACACAGACUACUAUGGGAGUCUGGAGCACCUUCCUCUGGCCCCCUUGAGGAAGAAACCACCCCCAUACGCCAGCAGGAGGCAGCAGGACACCCGGAGGGGCAGCUACCUGAGGGAUGUCCUUUCAAGCAGCACAGGGGACCUCACACAGGCUGGGAACAAGACAAGGGUGCUAAAUAAAAGCCCAGGGAAGGAUGCAAAGGGGAGGACUAAAGACAGGGGGGAUUCCAGCCUUUCCCAGGGGUGUGAAGAGGAGAGUGGUGGCUCAGGGGAUGUGUCAGGUGCCCUUGAGGAUGCCACACGUGUCCUCUCGCAGCACAGGCGUCAGGGAAGUGUGCUGUAUGGCGCAGAGGAGAGAAAAUACAGUGAUAAUGCAGAUUACCAUCAUUCAAAGCCAGUGAGAGAACACACAAGGAAACACAGCAAUGGGGGCACAGAACAUCUUAGGAGCUCAGAACAUAGCAAAGCGACAGAGAACAAAGUCACAGAGGAGCACAGACACUUACAGAGGGACACAGUGAGAGAAGAACACACAAGGAAUCACAGCAGUGGAGACACAGAACACAGCAGAGAAUGGCAUGCGACAGAGAACAAAGUCACAGAGAAACACAGACACUGGGAUCACAAAAUGCAAAGGGAGAGAGAGGAACCAGAAGGAAAGAGUAUAGAAAAGACAGGUAGAGAUAGAGCCAGAGACACAAGCAUGAUAACUGAAAUGGGGAGGAGUAGAUUAGACAAACAAGGCACAGAAAAGAAAGUUACAGAGAGACAUAGAGACUUAAACCUGAGGAAUUAUAGAGAGAAAGAAGUAACAGAGAACAAAAAUAGAGAGAAAUAUAGAGACUUUAGUCAAAGAGAAAUAGAGAAACCAAAACAAGGCACCAAGUUUUCAAGGGAGAGAGCAAAAUCUGAAGGCAACCUAUCGGACUCGGAAUCACUGGACGGAGAGAGGAAACAGACAAACACAAGCAGUCUGAGAAAUUACCGUGAACUGGCAGCCAUUCCUGACCACACCCUCGUCAAAUGGUCUCGUAGUAAGAGCCUCAACGACGUGACACUUGACGAUGGUGUAGAUAAUGGCAAGGUAGAGUACAGAAAAGUGCAGGUGUGUAGUUCUAGUGAUGAUGGGGUAAAGGAUAGGCUGGCACCAUCUGUAGGGAAGGAAUGGGGUGUAGAUAGGAGAGCUCGAGCUUGGUCUGUGGGUAAGAUGGAUGUAGAUGCAAGGAAUAAUGGAAAUGGAAGGAGUUAUGGAUCGUCAUCUAAUGUGGGUAAAGGAACAGAUGUAGAUGGAAAAAAUGGUGCGUCAUCAUAUAUCGUAGCCAAGAAAGUGGAUGUAAAUGGAAGAAAUCGUGCAUCAUUAGGGAAUAAGGUGGAUGUAGAUAGGAGGAGUGGUCUAUCAUCAUCUUCAAUGGAUAAGGUGGAAUAUAGAAAGGUAUGCGUCAAUGCUGAGGAGAAGACACGCACAUCAGCAGCCUCAUCCACCUCCCUAUCUUCCCCUUCAUCAUCUGUGUCUUAUUCACUCAAAAGUAAGGAGGAGGAGGCUAAGGGGGCUGAUGGUGCUGGUGGAGUGGCCGGGGUGUUUGUGGCCACCCCUGUCUUUUUGGAGGGCAGUUCUUCUUCCUCCUCCCCAUCCUCCUCUCCUUUACCGUCACCAUCCCAUUCAUUACUGCAAGGAAAUGAUGUCUUGAGAAAUAAAUCGGACUCCACAGACACAGAGAGCAAGGAGAAGGAGGAGGACAAGGCUGCUCUCUCAACCCUGCGGCGAGAGAUCCUUCACUUGACACGCCUAAAGGAGGAAAUAGAGCAAAACCUCCUCAGGGGCCAGUCAGUGCUGAAGGAGGAGGUGACAGGGCUGCGGCAGGAGCAAGGAGCGUUGGCGGCAGCAGUAGAGGAGCGUGAGAGGCGGCUUCACUCCCAACAGGCUGAGAUACAGGACCUGAAGGGCACCAUUGCACAGUUGCAGGGUCUUGUGUUCACCAGCAACACAGAGACACGACUGCAGCGGCAAGCUAGUGACCUGCAGGAGCUGUUACGGGAGGAAAAGCAGCAGCGCCUGGAGGAGACCACACAGCUGCGGCGUGAGAUGCGACUGCUUUCUUCACAACUGCGAGAGAAGGACCAACAGCUGGAGAGGUACCGGUCCACCCCCUCCCUGGCCUCUUGGGGCAAAGAGGGGCUGGGAGUGCGGUCCAAAGAAGAGUGGAAGACCUCGCUGCCUGAUGUGAGGGGUGGGGAAAUGGUGCCACCGCUCGGGGUGUCCGUGGCGGAGAGACGAAAGUCCUUCUCUGGUAUGAGUGAUUCCUCGGAGGAUGGCCCCACCUCCUGGGCAGGGUCCCUAGAACACAGCACAGCCUGGAGCACAGAGAAUGUAAUUGAGUCAUCCUACAUUGCUCCUGUGAGGUCCUACCUAUCAUCAGAAUCCUGUAGGAUAUCUGAGAGGCCCCAAGUGGCUCCUGGAGGGUCUAACAUUGCAGUGAAAUCCUCAAGGAUACCUGUAGGACAUCCUGCAGAAGCAUCAACGUCAAAACACAUUCCUGUAGUAUCAGACAUGGCAGUAAGACCUUCCAGGAAGUCUGAGAUGACUCCCACUGAUCCUUCUAGGGCACAGGUGUUGCCUUUGAGAAGCAUCGUGCCAUCAGACACAGUGUCAGGGGAUGAGCAAAGCAAGGGUGUGAUGAGGUCAACCUUGUAUGUAGAGCUUCAUGACUACAGCAAGUCUGGGGGUGUGAAGGAGGUGCCAGAAGGGAGCCACAGGUCAGAAAGUGAUUACAGUCUCUCCUCUGAGACACCAGCUCCUGUCAAGACAAGAAGAGGCUCAGAAGAAGGACAAAGAAGGGAGUAUUUGUCAAGAGGCUUAAAAGAGGACCACAGGGAGAAGAAUAGGCCAGGCAAUGAUAAUAGAUCUUUCUCUAAGACCCCAGCCCCUGUCAAGACAAGAAGAGGCUCAGAAGAGGAACAGAGAGAUAGAUAUAGGUCAGGAAACAGUAACAGAUCUUUCUUCAAGACCCCAGACCCUGUCAAGACAGAAAUGAGACCACUAUACCGUACAAGACCAGAUGGCCAUGACAGACUCCCCACCAAAACCCAAGCUGUUGUCACCAAGCCAUCCCAACCAUCCACUGCAUCAAUACACCCUUCCACACCUUCUACCCCUCCACCCUCACGACUUCAGGGCACCAGAGAGGCAGGGAGCAGUGUCACCCACUCCACUUCACAGGAACCUCCCAUGUCAAGUAUCUCAGGGACUCGGAACCCUAGGACUGGGCAGAAGGCUCUACAGGAGGCAUCAGGGGACCUGGGUGGCUCCUGGCAAGACCCUAAAGGCAGCAGGGGUGUGAUGGGUGUGAAGACUUCCUGGAUGUACAAGCCUGUCACAGGGGGAGCAGUAAGAGAAGAUGGAGGACAAAGAGGAGCAUCAGGAGAGAAGAAAGAUGUGGCUGUGUUGAGAGGAGAGAAGAAAAGUGUGGAUGGUGGGAGGGAGGAGAGAGUGGAGAGAGCUGGUGCACAGUUAGCAGUGAGUGUCAAUGAGACAGGAGAAGCACACCAGACACCUCUUACAUCAAUGCCACCCUCCAGUGUCUCUUCACAGUGCCACUCCUUCGUGAGUUCUUUAGGGAGGAGUUUUGGCAGCUCAGGGUGCAGAGUGAAGUGGCGCGGGCUGUGGCUGACACAUUCCUGGCCAUGGAGAGUGGCAGUGGUGAGGAGAGGGCUAUGGGGCGCUUGCAUGAGACUGUGGGGCGGCGGGACAAGGUGUUCAAGUUGCACCAGGACCCCCCUGCUGCUGACUUGCUGUCCUGCCUCCUGGCAUGGCUGCAUCAUGACCUAGCACCCAGGGCACACCCACAGGCACCCCUGGUGUCCUCCGUGGUGUCCCGGCUUUUCCAUGGCCUAAGGGAGUCCCUCAUCGUAUGUCCUCGCCAUGGAAUCCUGUCCUCAGCGCUGGAGUCCUUUAACUUUAUCACCCUGUC